AUGUUGAAUUUGUCUUUUAAUAUGCUACAUGGACAAGUUCCCAUACAAGGAGUGUUUCGAAAUUCAAGUGCAAUUUCAAUUGUUAGAAAUAAUGAUCUAUGUGGAGGUAUUGCAACAUUACACCUUCCUCCUUGUUCAUCCUCCAACCCCAGUAAGAAUUACCUUUCUCACAGGAUGAAAGUGAUCCCACUGGUGGUUGGUAUUGUGAUAUUUUUAUCUUUGUUAGUUAGCUUCUUUAUAUUUCUUCAACGGUGUCGUGUUUCAAAAAAGAAGACCUCUAGCACGCCAUCAAUCAAAGAUCAAUUUUUGAGGGUUUCUUAUGCAGAGCUUCUCAAAGCCACUGAUGGAUUCUCAGAGGCUAAUCUAAUUGGUGUUGGGAGCUAUGCUUCAGUUUACAAAGGGAUUCUUGAUCAUAUUCAGAUGGUUGUUGCAGUGAAAGUACUCAAUCUUCAAACUAGAGGAGUUUCUAAGAGCUUCAUAUCAGAAUGCAAGGCACUAAGAGCCAUAAGGCACCGAAAUCUAUUGAAAAUUUUGAGCGUUUGUUCUAGUGUAGAUUUUCAUGGUAAUGAAUUCAAAGCUCUGGUAUAUGAAUUUAUGGCCAAUGGAAACUUGUACAAUUGGUUGCAUCAAGCUGGAGUUGGAGACCAUGAGCAACUAGAAGAGCCUAGAAAUCUUAAACUAAUCCAGAAGGUGGACAUUUCCAUUGGUAUUGCCUCUGCACUUGAGUAUCUUCAUUGUGGUUAUGAGUCGACAAUUAUUCAUGGUGAUCUAAAGCCAAGUAAUGUUCUUUUGGAUGAUGAGAUGACGGCCCAUAUUGGAGAUUUCGGGUUAGCGAAAAUUAUUUCUACCGUUUCAAGUGAUGAGGCACAAGGUCAAAGCAAUUCAAUUGCAAUAAGGGGAACCAUAGGCUAUGUUGCUCCAGAUUCCAUGCCAUUUAUGAAUGCUCCCAAUGUGUGCUUCCACCUCCUCACUAUUAAGAAACAAAGUACUAAGUUUAUUUUCAUUAAUGUGGGCAUGCUUAAUCUCAAUGUAAAUAUUGCUAUUCAAUUUCAAGUUUACUUUGUUUAA